GCAUGACAGGGGUCUGAUCCCAGUGGGUGGUGAAGUCGGGAAAGAGGGAAGAACGCCUCUCCGCAAUGCGCAUGACAGAAAAGCGGCUUCUUCUACCGCCUAGGGUGCCCCAAUAUUGUGGGGGAAGGAACAGAGCAAAAGGAGGCGUGGUGUAAAAAGUGGGGCGGUGCUUUGAGGAAGAACGGCUUAAAAGACGCUCCCAGGAUUUUGGCGCCAAAUGGUUAGCGUUUACAAGCAAAUUGUUUCAUCGGUGACUCAGGACCUCAAUUGACACAGAACUGGUUUCAAGUACAGGAAAAAGAUGUGGCCCUACCAUCAAUUACCAGUGGAACUCCAGGAACUGGUUAAGAAGUCAGAGUACCCCAGGUGAGCACAAAGCUGAGAACAGCUGCAUUGAAAUGAAGGGACUAACACUAGAAUCACCGCCUCACCAUGCCCCUCGUUGGAAGAAACAGAAAGGCACACGAUGCUGUAAGCUAUGGCAGAUGCCCAGGGCACGUGGGGUUGAAUAAUGCUGUUUGGAGUCAAACACUGAGACUCCGCAGUCACACAGUGAUUCAUUUACAGAGCUUUACUAAACUACGGGCACUCAGAAAUAGACAAACUGUUCUUGCCUCAACCGAACCAAAGGCCCAGCGGGCCUCGAAAAAGCUCAGCCAGGUGCUUUGGGAGGCCGCGAGGAGGAAGAAGGAUCCGUGGAAGGAAGCACGUUCACACCACGGCACUGAGGCCUCUGGGCCGAGCUAUAAUUUAAAGCAUGAAACGAAGGGGUCAUAGAUUCUGACUAAUGCUGACCAUUUCCAUCGGUUACCCAGUUGAAUCUCAUGUCGACACUAGGAAAUCGACUUUAUACAUGCUCUUUAGGAAACGAGGGACGCAGGAUGAAAGAAGCCAAGAGUGUCGCCAGGGCUUGCGCCAGCGCCGUCAGACUCCCGGGAUGGGGGAGCUCCAGGGCCCGGCGUCAGCGGAUUCACGGAGAAGGAGAAAAGCCCCACUGCCGUGCAGAAGCCUAGGCCCGGGUGAGACGCCUGCGAAGGCUGCCAGCAGCGGAAGAGAAGGGGCGUCCUCCGUGCUGCGCAGCACUCGCCCGCGGUAGGUGGGCGCGGAGCUCAGAGCUGGAAGCCAAACGCAAACGCUGGCGAGAAGCCCCAGCCCCCUCCGCCAGCCCACUCGCUGCGGGGAGGGGUUUCUCACGCCCCCAGCUCCUGGGAGACUGCACCGGAGGUCGGAAGUAAGCGGGACGAGGAUGAAUCAUCCCGCCUAACUCCUCCUUCCCGGUCCCCUAGCCUCCGCACGCCGGCCCCCUUCAGAGAUCAUGCAGCCGCGAGCGAAGACUGCCCUAUCCUCAGACUCUACCGAACCCCCUGUGGCCUGCGGAGACGAGGAGACGGAUGGGUCUGGUGGCCAAUGAGAGCUUCGAUCUCUUGCCCCCCGCCCAAUGGGCCGCUGCUCAUGGGCCGGGGCGGGACUAGGAGGGCAGGUAGGGGCGGUCCGGGCUGGCGCGCGGCGCGGUGGCUACGCGGCUGCGGCUCACAGAGCUAGCGCCUCUCCGGGUGUCCGUGCCAGUGCUGCGCGGGAAGGCACCACCACCACAGCCGCCGCCGCUGGCCAGGGUGCUGGCAAGACGGGCCCGUCGGCCACCUCGCCAGCUCAGGCACCCGCUGCAGCCGUCGCUGUCUCCUCCCAGACCGGUCCCCAUGGAGGAGAUGGAAGAGGAGUUGAAAUGCCCGGUGUGCGGCUCCUUCUAUCGGGAGCCCAUCAUCCUGCCCUGCUCUCACAAUUUGUGUCAGGCGUGCGCCCGCAACAUCCUGGUGCAGACCCCAGAGUCUGAAUCCCCCCAGAGCCAUCGGGCCGCGGGCUCCGGGGUCUCCGACUAUGACUAUCUGGACCUGGACAAGAUGAGCCUAUACAGCGAGGCGGACAGCGGCUAUGGCUCCUACGGGGGGUUCGCCAGCGCCCCCACUACCCCGUGCCAGAAGUCCCCCAACGGCGUCCGCGUGUUUCCCCCGGCUAUGCCGCCACCGGCCACCCACUUGUCACCGGCCCUGGCCCCGGUGCCCCGCAACUCCUGUAUCACCUGCCCCCAGUGUCACCGCAGCCUCAUCCUGGAUGACCGGGGGCUCCGCGGUUUCCCCAAGAAUCGCGUACUGGAAGGGGUAAUUGACCGCUACCAGCAGAGCAAAGCCGCGGCCCUCAAGUGCCAGCUCUGCGAGAAGGCGCCCAAGGAAGCCACCGUCAUGUGCGAACAGUGCGAUGUCUUCUACUGCGAUCCGUGCCGCCUGCGCUGCCACCCGCCCCGGGGGCCCCUAGCCAAGCACCGACUGGUGCCCCCGGCCCAGGGUCGUGUGAGCCGGAGGCUGAGCCCACGCAAGGUCUCCACCUGCACAGACCACGAGCUGGAGAACCACAGCAUGUACUGCGUGCAAUGCAAGAUGCCCGUGUGCUACCAGUGCUUGGAGGAGGGCAAACACUCCAGCCACGAAGUCAAGGCUCUGGGGGCCAUGUGGAAACUACAUAAGAGCCAGCUCUCCCAGGCGCUGAACGGACUGUCAGACAGGGCCAAAGAAGCCAAGGAGUUUCUGGUACAGCUGCGCAACAUGGUCCAGCAGAUCCAGGAGAACAGUGUGGAGUUUGAAGCCUGUCUGGUGGCCCAAUGUGAUGCCCUCAUCGAUGCCCUCAACAGAAGAAAAGCCCAGCUGCUGGCCCGUGUCAACAAGGAGCAUGAGCACAAGCUGAAGGUGGUUCGAGAUCAGAUCUCUCACUGCACAGUGAAAUUGCGCCAGACCACAGGUCUCAUGGAGUACUGCUUGGAGGUGAUUAAGGAAAAUGAUCCUAGUGGCUUUUUGCAGAUUUCUGACGCCCUCAUAAGAAGAGUGCACCUGACUGAGGAUCAGUGGGGUAAAGGCACACUCACUCCAAGGAUGACCACGGACUUUGACUUGAGUCUGGACAACAGCCCUCUGCUGCAAUCCAUCCACCAGCUCGAUUUUGUGCAAGUGAAAGCUUCCUCUCCAGUCCCAGCAACCCCAAUCCUACAGCUGGAGGAAUGUUGUACCCACAACAACAGCGCUACGUUGUCCUGGAAACAGCCACCUCUGUCCACGGUGCCCGCCGAUGGAUACAUUCUGGAGCUGGAUGAUGGCAACGGUGGUCAAUUCCGGGAGGUGUAUGUGGGGAAGGAGACAAUGUGCACUGUGGAUGGUCUUCACUUCAACAGCACAUACAACGCUCGGGUCAAGGCCUUCAACAAAACAGGAGUCAGCCCGUACAGCAAGACCCUGGUCCUCCAAACGUCUGAGGACACAGAUUCAGAAGAACAGACCCUCCCUUUUCCAGUGCCUUCGGAAAGAUUGCCGCUCCGUAGAAUGAGUCCUUUCUCCUCCACCCUUAAUCUACAACCCAGCUUCCCCGGGAGAUCCUACUUUGAUUUCCGAUCCUCACCCCACCAGCUGAGCUUGCAUUCCUCUUUACAGUCUCUCAAUGCACCGGGAUGCAAUUUUGAGACACAAUCUGCACCUUACUCUCAAUUAGUUGACAUUAAAAAGCUGUUGGCAGUGGCCUGGUUUGCUUUCGACCCUGGCUCGGCGCACUCGGACAUCAUCCUCUCCAAUGACAACCUGACAGUGACCUGUAGUAGCUAUGAUGACCGGGUGGUGCUAGGGAAGACUGGCUUCUCCAAGGGCGUCCACUACUGGGAGCUCACGGUAGAUCGCUAUGACAACCACCCUGAUCCUGCCUUUGGUGUGGCUCGCAUGGACGUGAUGAAGGAUGUGAUGUUAGGAAAAGACGACAAAGCUUGGGCAAUGUAUGUGGACAAUAACCGGAGCUGGUUCAUGCACAACAACUCGCACACCAACAGAACUGAGGGAGGGAUCACAAAAGGGGCCACAGUUGGGGUCCUCCUCGACUUAAAUAGAAAAAACUUGACAUUUUUUAUCAACGAUGAACAGCAAGGUCCCAUAGCAUUUGAUAACGUGGAGGGCCUGUUCUUCCCUGCGGUCAGCCUGAACAGGAACGUGCAGGUAAGCACCCUGCCCCUGAGGUUAAACAGCUGUUGCUGGCUACCGGUUCAAAGGCUGCCCAGGGCCGUUCAAUCCAACCAGACAGAGGGAAGCUGACAGCGUAAGGCCCAGACCAAGACAUGAAGGAGAGGAGGAGAGAAAGGGAUCAGCGCUGACAACUUAUAUUAUUCCAUGCCAAGCAUAAGCACCUUCUUUAUACUUGGACACAGACUAGUUAAUAGCACAUAGGAAACUAGAAUUCUCUUCAUGGUUGGCUAAUGAUCAUUUCUGUAGCUCUAGUUUCACCUCUAAAUAGAAAUGAAAGCCUUUAACCAACUGGCAUGAAAACAAAUGGAAUGACUUAACAAAGCUCAGGAGUGCCUGAGAAGAGGUGAGGGUGUAAGACUGAAGCAUUAGUAUCGUUAUCAGAAAAUCUGAGCAUUUUCUCUGCACUCUUGUUUGGCUCUGUUAGGUCCUAAGGGGUAGAAAACAUAGUCCUACCUACAACUUAGUUAAUUAUUACUUAUUAUAGAAUAAAACAACAGCUUCUCAUUUAUUCAUUCAGCAAAUAUCUAUAGAAUGCCUUUAAUGUGCCAGGCACAGUUAUAAGUGUUUGGGAUACAUCAGUGAAAAAAAAAAAAAAAAAACAGAUAAAAUCUUGCCUUCAUAGAACUUACAUCUUAGUGAUAGGAGACAGACAAUAAAUAAUAAGCAUAAUUACAGUGUUAAUCAGAUGGUGUGUCAGAAGGUGUUUAGUGCAGUGGAGAAAAGACCAAGGGCCCAUGAGUACUGUGGUUGGGAAGGGCAGCCGCAGUCUUAAAUAGGAUGGUCAGCGUAGGUAGGGCUUAUCGCAGUUACCGGUGAGCUGAGCCUUAAAGGAGUGAGGGAGUGAGUUGCGUGGAGCCUUCCAGACAGAGGGAACAGCCUGUGCACAGUUUCUAAGGCAUGAGGGGCCUUGCAUGGGCAAGGAAUGGUGGAGAGACUCUUGGGCUGGGGCCUGGAAGGGGGACCAGAGCCAUGCAUGGGGGAAGAGCUGUGCCCUGCCAGCCACUGUCAGGACUUAGGGUUUCACUUCCCUCCUGAGCUGGGCAUCUCAUUAACAACUAUGAGCCUCAUUCCACAAAUGGUUGUCUUAAGAUAAGGCUUGAGAAUUACUGAUGACUUUUGCCCUAUCCAGAACCAGCCUUGGAAACUAUUUAUCAAAAUUCAUUGUUGUGUUUCAGUAUGUGCAGUAACAUUGAUUGCAAACUAGCAGCCCCUGCCCUUCUCUCUUCCUGCAAGGAGAUGGGGUUUUCUAGAAGGCUGGAAUCUAAUCUUUCAGAGUUCAGCCUCUACACUUUAAGAAAGAAAACCAUAAAUUACCCUAGAAGCGAGUCUCAGAAAAACCCCAUUCAAGGUUUUUCACAUUAGCCAUUUCCCUUUCAAAGAAUAUUAUACUAGAUGCUCUUCAGGGGUUUUCAGGACCUUCUGAUUAUCUAUUGAUAAAGACUCUUGGGCUGGAGAAGACAGGGACAAGAACUGCAUGAAAUGGUUCUAGUUUUAUCCAUAGCUAUCCAUCAAGGUUUGGGGAUACACAGAAAUUGGUGAAAUAGUAUAAUGCCAUGUUUUUUCACAACUGGCAAUCAUCUAUGCGACCCCAGAAAGAAAUGUUUGCCCUAAUUACAAUAACUGGCGGACAAGUAAUAAGGGAAGUGCUGUCUCUGCGAAUCUGUCCUCUAUCCAUGGAUUUGGCAGUGGUCACUGUGGUGUGGCCAGUAGGCUCCUCUAUCUGAAAACCAAGGCCUGUGUCUUCAGUUAUAAGGAAUACAAUCUCCCCGGAAUCCUUUAAAAGAGGCAGGUGACUAAGAACCAUAUAAUCAAAUGUCACCAGGAUUUGAGAGCCCGCCAUGGUGAGCAGCCUCUUACCAUAGGCAGGAUUCUUCUUGAAUUCCGUUUAAUACCUGCUAGCCUAGAUAUUUAAAGAGAAGCAAACAGAACACUUUUUGAGUUAGGGACACACCCACGGUACACUGUGUAAAGGGACAGGGGGAUGCACGAUGCCUCUCAGGACUCACAGUCUCAUUCCCCAGGUCACGCUGCACACCGGGCUCCCAGUCCCUGACUUCUACUCCAGCAGAGCAUCAAUAGCCUAAGGAUGUGCCGUGGAGGCGCCAGCUGCCUGUUCUUACCUCCGCCUGCGAGAGCCACAGCAAGGAGCUCAGCCAGCCAUGGUGGGGUGCAGAGUUGGCAGGAGUGGGAGAAGGAGGAGAGAAAAGCUGGUCCUCUGCAGUCUUCACACCCACAGCUCUGCCCUUUUCCCUUUCAACCUCUCCUCUGCUGUCAUGCCUGCUUCCGCUUCCAUGUCCAACAAUUCUAACCAACAAAGGACCUAGACAGCCCACCAAGUCACUUGGUUCCCACUCCCAGAUUUUGCUUUUAUUUAACUUAAUUUUUUAUGUAGGUGAGUUAUAUUUUCUUUCUUUUCUGAUCAGGUUAUUGGUGACUUACUGGACUGGCACUGCCAGGAGAAAAUUCUCCUGCUAACUUUUUUUCUUAAGCUUUCUGUCAAACAAUGAGGUUAUAGGGGGAGGUAGGGAAGAAUGAGCUGAAUUUGUAGCAUACAGCUUACCUCCUAGAAUGUUCUUGCCCUCUUACCUCUCCUGUAGCGUUAGCUCUGCAGAGCUAAGCUUUGGGAGAAUGAAUCUAUCACUGAGAAGUUUUACUACUCAUUGAAGCACAAAAAUAUCUGCUACACAGGUUCACAUCAGGGUAGGAUCGUUAGGAUGGCUCUAUAAUUAGGAUAGGCCAGAACCCUGGCCACUGUAUAAAAUUGGAAAGUCUCUAAGACACAGGCAAACCAGGGGACUUAAUGAUUUGGUUCGUUUAUUUAAUAAAAGCUUUUAAUUGAGAACCUACUAUUGACCAGGCACUGUUCAAGACACUAGAACAUUAUGUUCUAGACACUGUGGGGACACAGUGGUGAACAGACAGGCAUAGUCUCUGCCCUUCGGAGCUUAUAUUCCAGUAGGAGAAAAAGCAAAAAUAAAAUAAUUAUAAAUGGUCAUAUGUACUAGAAAGGAAAUGGGCAAGGGUCAAAGAGACUCAUGGGCAAGAUCUUUCAGGCUUCCUAGAAUGAUGCUAAAAAUCCACACAUUCUGGCCAUAGCACCAGAAAUGUACCAACUCAAUGCCUUUUCAGCUGCGCUAUUUAAUUAUGGUACCUGCUGCCACUCAUCACAGAGCCCUUCUUGGUAGAAAUGAUGUCAGCAUUCUUAUUUGCUGAUGCUGCUAUGAUACCACGCCUUAAAAAUUGACAGUUGAAAAUAAAGAGUGACCAGAGGGCAAAGGACCCAUUCUCAGUAAUGGGAGAUCUUGAGUUGCAGUCCACAGCAUUCACAUUCUCAGGAUAAACACGCUUGUCUCCAUAUAUACUAUCUGUGCCUGUUAUGAAUGAAAAAUCCAUCCACUCUGCUGCCAUUCACAGCCUAAUUUUCUGGAGUAGUCCAAACAAUGUUUGGAAAAACAUGGGAUUGUAUGUCAUUACUAUGACUGAUAGCAGAAUAAUAAUGCAUCUUACUUCUAUAUAGAGAUAGACUUACAUAGGUUACCCUUGAAAUUCAUUAGUUUGUCAUAAAGUUUUAGGAAAGGUAGGACCCGGAAAGAAGUUCUAAUUAGUUGUCUAAAUAUUUUUCAGUGAGCCAAGAAAUUCACCAUGAAAAAACAAGAAUAACAAAUAGAAGGGAAGAGAUAGGAUGGGAAAGCUAACAAAUCAAAGUUUUGGCAAAAAGGAAUAUAUGUAAAUAGCUAAUUAUUUACUUUUGUGCUUACUUUAUUUAGAUUAUUUCUAUCAGUUACAAUCUUUUUCUAGUUAAGUGUACCUAAUUUAUGGAAUGGGUGCUAUCCUGUUUAUGUGUGUCUUGGUUUUUCUUGGCUACAGAAAAACUGUUGCAGGGCAACACUAGUUUGAUAUUUGAUUUACUCUCCAAUGAGACUCAAUGGCUGGGCCGUGGUAGACUCAUAGUUCCUCUUGUUCCUCAUUAAAUUCAUCCUGCUAAUUAGAUUUCUAGUGACUUGUAACAUGUAGUUUACACUGAAUUGCAAUUACAGAUGCAUACAACUACUAUACUAGAAAAAAUUGUCAUUUCUGGUGUGCCAAUAAAUGAUUUUUAUGAGAGAAUAAAA